AUUUGUCAUCCUCCUGCCUCAGCCUCUCAGUGCAGGGAUUACAGGUGUGCACCACUGCAGCAGACAACAUCUGUGGGCCGCUUAGAGAGUGUUUCAUACACUGCGCUCGUCCACGUAAUGUAAGACUCUGAUGAGUCUGGAGGUGGCACAGUGAACAUCUACGUCAAGUUCCAAGAAAAAAGGCCUGCAAAAAAUGUUUUGCACAUUUCAGAUCACUUGUGACACAUUUUAAAAAUCCAGUCUCAUUUCGAAUAAAAGGGAUACAGUUCAUUCCACCGAUGCAGCAUGAAAAGAGUGCAAACAGCUCACGUCAGUUAGAAUCGUCGAACCAAAGAGUAAACAGACUUGAUCCAUACACCUGUCCGCCACCGCAGCCGCAGCAGCAGCAGCAACAGAAUCCUGCUCAAGAUGGCCCUGCUUCAGAUGCCAGCCGUGCGACUGAGGAGCCACCUUUGCCCAGAGGCGGCACGGCAGGAAGUAGCCUGAAACCCAGUGCAGUGCUUCGGGAGAAAGCCAAGGGAGUUCACGGAAGGGACCCUCGUUUCCGCUCCUAAGGGGCACAAGGUGAGUGGACUAGAAGCAGAGGUCUUCCGGACCUCGCCCAGGGGCAGAGCUGGAAGCAGUCACUGGCUCACCCUCGCCGAAGCCCACAAACUUCGCACCUCCACAGGUCAGCACGCGGGGACCCCACGGCCUGCUCCCUGCACAGCUGGGUGUGGGCCUCACGCAUGCAAUGCCCAGUCAGGUUGGGGGUGCUGAGAACAGGCCAGGCCUGGGUGCCAGCUGCCUGUGUGUUUUGCUGUUUGUUUGUAAGUGUGUGAGGGGUGUGGAACCCAGGCCUUUGGCCUGAACAACAUCUCCAGCUCUUUUUGCUUUGAGACAAAGUUACCCUGAGUUGCCGGAGCAGAGCUGGAAAUUGUGGUCGUCCUGCCCGAGCUUCCCUCAGAGAGGGCUGACGUUGCAGGCUUGGGCGCCACCCUGGCAGUAUAUCUGCUGUGGACCUCAUGACAGGAUGAUUGAGGAAGGUGGGAACAAGCGGAAGACCAUGGCGGAGAAGAGGCAGCUGUUCAUAGAAAUGCGUGCUCAGAAUUUUGAUGUCAUCCGACUAUCAACUUAUAGAACAGCUUGCAAAUUACGAUUUGUACAAAAACGAUGCAACUUUCAUCUUGUGGAUAUCUGGAACAUGAUUGAAGCUUUCCGAGACAAUGGCCUUAAUACACUGGACCAUACCACCGAGAUCAGUGUGUCCCGCCUUGAAACUGUCAUCUCAUCCAUCUACUAUCAGUUGAAUAAACGCCUUCCUUCUACUCACCAAAUCAGUGUGGAACAGUCUAUCAGCCUCCUCCUCAAUUUUAUGAUUGCUGCAUAUGACAGUGAGGGCCGAGGCAAGUUGACGGUAUUUUCAGUUAAGGCUAUGUUAGCAACCAUGUGUGGUGGAAAAAUGCUGGACAAAUUGAGAUAUAUUUUCUCCCAGAUGUCAGAUUCCAGUGGCUUAAUGAUAUUUAGCAAGUUUGACCAGUUUCUGAAGGAAGUUCUGAAGCUACCAACAGCUGUCUUUGAAGGGCCAUCUUUCGGUUACACAGAGCACUCAGUCCGCACCUGUUUUCCACAGCAGAAAAAGAUAAUGCUGAAUAUGUUCUUAGACACAAUGAUGGCUGAUCCUCCCCCUCAGUGCCUUGUCUGGCUACCUCUCGUGCACAGGCUUGCCCAUGUUGAGAAUGUCUUUCACCCCGUGGAGUGCUCCUAUUGCCGCUGUGAAAGCAUGAUGGGCUUCCGGUACCGAUGCCAGCAGUGCCACAACUAUCAGCUGUGCCAGAACUGCUUUUGGUGUGGCCAUGCCAGUGGCCCUCACAGCAACCAGCACCAGAUGAAGGAGCAUUCCUCUUGGAAAUCCCCUGCCAAGAAGCUGAGCCAUGCAAUUAGCAAGUCUUUAGGGUGCAUGCCCUCCAGAGAACCUGCGCAUCCUGUUUUUCCUGAGCAGCCAGAGAAACCACUUGACCUUGCACACAUAGUUCCUCCUCGCCCCCUGACUAAUCUGAAUGACACCAUGGCUAGCCACAUGUCCUCUGGAGUACCCACUCCCACCAAGAGGUUACAGUAUAGCCAGGACAUGCCCAGUCCUUUGGCCGAUGAGCAUACGUUGAUAGCCUCCUAUGUGGCCCGUCUACAGCACUGUGCACGUGUCCUGGACAGUCCUAGUCGACUAGAUGAGGAACACCGGCUUAUAGCUCGCUAUGCUGCCCGAUUGGCUGCAGAAGCAGGAAAUACGACUCGUCCUCCCACUGACGUGAGCUUUAACUUUGAUGCCAACAAACAGCAGAGACAGCUCAUUGCAGAACUGGAAAACAAGAACAGAGAGAUCCUGCAGGAAAUCCAGCGCCUCCGCCUGGAGCAUGAGCAGGCCUCCCAGCCCACUCCUGAGAAGGCCCAGCAGAACCCCACAUUGCUGGCAGAGCUACGGUUACUGAGGCAGAGGAAAGAUGAGCUGGAGCAGAGGAUGUCUGCUUUGCAGGAGAGCAGGCGGGAACUGAUGGUCCAGCUGGAGGGGCUGAUGAAGCUACUGAAGGAGGAAGAACAAAAGCAGGCAGCUCAGGCCACAGCGUCACCACAUACAUCACCCACUCAUGGAGGUGGCCGCCCCAUGCCUGUGCCCGUCCACUCCACAUCUGCCGGCUCCACCCCCACCCACUCCCCACAGGACUCACUGAGUGGAGUCGGGGGUGACGUGCAGGAGGCCUUUGCACAAGGUACGAGGAGAAACCUCCACAAUGACCUGCUGGUGGCCGCUGACUCCAUCACCAACACCAUGUCAUCUCUGGUGAAGGAGCUCCAUUCAGUUGCUGGUUGUAGAAAAUCGUAUCUGCUCAGGGAAAGUCAACACAGGGGAGAACAAAGGAGAGAGGUUGACAGAGGAGCCCAGCACACAGGAACUUGGUUCUCACGGGCAAUUCUGUGGCCUCUUUGCCCUGCUCCUCUGCCACAAUUCUCACCACAUUACAAAAUCGGCAUUGCAAACCAAGUGUGUUCUUCCAUGGAAAUAUUUCCUGACCCUGUGACAUAAGCAGUGACCACAGAAGACCCUAGGCCCAUCAGAAGAGGGAACACCUCUGCGCCCCACGCUGGAAGGCUGAGCCCGAGCAGCCCCUCCCAGCAGGUCCAGAUCGGAGGCUCAGCAGCUGUUGGCAGCGCCUGCAG